GGGAAAGAUAGACGCAAGGGUAAGAAGUGUGAUAUCCUUUUAAAAAGAGUAGUUAAAUGUAUCGUUGUGAAGGACAAAUCUAAACACAGGUUUACCUUGCAUCUAAGGUUUCAAUAUCUGUAAAUCUCAAUCAAGGUUCAGACAUUCAGUUAAUUUCAAACCAUUCAGUGAAGGUGUGUUUGGUGAUUUUGUUAUAGGCGAAAGUUCAAAGGUUAAACAUUCACGGUGAGCUUGAGGUGGCCGUACACCUUGCUGCAGACCAGGAAAGGAAGCCAAGAUGGAAGGAAGGGAGGUGGUGUUGCCGACUGUGUCCCGCGUUGCACUGUGUGGUGGUACCCAUGGCAAUGAGCUGUCAGGAGUGUACCUAGUGAGAGAGCGGCUGAAGAGGAAGAGGAAGGUGGAAGAGGAAGACCACAUCUCCCUGGUGACCGUGAUGUCCAACCCGCGUGCCGUCCAGCAGUGUCAGAGAUACACAGAGACAGACCUGAACCGCUGCUUCACCCAUGCCACCCUUAGUGGGCCUGUGACAGACAAAACCCCCUAUGAGAUAGUCCGGUCCCAGGAGCUGAACACCCUGCUAGGUCCUAAAGGCAGUCCAGAGGCCAUGGACCUGGUGUGUGACCUCCACAACACUACCGCUAACAUGGGCCUGUGCCUCAUCGCCUACUCAGACUGCGACUGGAUCUCUCUUCACAUCUACAGAUACCUGCAGAGACAAAUGUCUGACAUACCUGUGAGGUUCAUUCACUUCGACCUUCCCCUCAAUGAAGCAUAUUCCCUCGAUUCUGUAGGCAAACAUGGCUUUGCGAUUGAGAUUGGUCCUCAGGCCCAUGGAGUAGUCAGGUCCAAUAUUUUAUCCACAAUGCAAGAAGGGGUCCAGCACAUGCUAGAAUGGGUCCACCUCUUUAACUCAGGUACCCAGUUUGAAGGAGGAAAAGUGGAUGUGUACACCAUGGUGAAAAAUGUGGACUACCCAAGAGACUUUGAGACCUGCGGUAUUACAGCCGCCAUUCAUCCUCAACUCCAGGAUCGGGACUUCUGCCUCCUCCGCCCCAAUGACCCUGUGUUCCAGACUUUCUCUGGAGAGACACUAAAGUACAAAGGGACUGAGCCACUCUAUCCAUUCUUCAUUAACGAAUGUGCGUACUAUGAGAAGGGCAUAGCUCUCUCCCUUGCAAGACAGAGGAGUGUGGGGAUACCAUCCAUCCGAUCGGAGAGAGAAGGAGAACAGAGAAAGAGGAAAAGUUCAGCAGAAGAAAUGGAGGAGGAAGAAGAAAUUAAAGGGGAAAUGGAGGAGGAAGGCUGUCAGAAGCUAAUGGAAUAUGGAGAGGAGAGUGAUUCACUAAAUGGACAAUACAACUGAGAGCUCAUUUCAAGUUCUUGAUAUGAAUAGUGGAUUUAAAAAAAAAAGUUAUGUAAAAUGAGACACGUUGAUCAAAUGUUAUGAACUUCAAAUAAUAAUAAAAAAUCCUUUAUUGAAA